AUGCCUCAUUUCCAUGAGACAUCCUCGAGCGCUUCAGACGCAGCUCCCAAAUUUGACCCUGAAACCGGAGGAGCUCAUCAGCGCAUCGUCAGCGAUGAUGAGUACGCCGCUUCUUCAUCCUCAGAGGUGCCACUAAGCCAGCAGCUGGAGCCAAUCGCAGUCGUUGGAAUGGGAUGCCGCCUGCCGGGCGAUGUCAGCUCCCCGUCCGACUUUUGGAAUUUGAUGAUGGAGAAGGGCAGUGGCCAGACGCCCAAGGUCCCUCCGUCCAGGUUCAACAUCGACGCCCAUUUCCAUGCAGAUAAUGACCGGCCUGGCAGCUUUGGUGUACUUGGCGGCUACUUCCUCAAUGAGACUCUGCAAGAGUUUGAUCCGGCCUUCUUCGGCAUAACUCCAGUCGAAGCCACGUGGAUGGAUCCGCAGCAGCGGAAGCUUCUAGAGGUCGUCUAUGAAGCCUUCGAGUCAGCCGGUCUGACCCUGGACCAGCUCUCCGGAUCGGACACAGCCUGUUUCAUGGCCACGUUCACGGCAGACUUCCAGCAAAUGUCCUUCAAAGAGCCCUCGUUCCGUCACAGCCUGGCAGCCACCGGUGUAGACCCCGGCCUCCUGAGCAACAGAGUCAGCCACGUCUUUAACCUUCGCGGCCCUAGUAUUGUCGUCAACACGGCUUGUUCCUCAUCUGUCUACGCCCUACACAACGCAUGCAACGCCCUGCGGACGUACGAGUGCUCAGCUGCUGUCGUCGGCGGCAGUAAUCUCAUUUUGACCGUUGACCAGCACAUGAACACCGCAAAGCUAGGCGUUUUGUCGCCAACGUCUACGUGUCAUACGUUCAACAGCUAUGCGAACGGAUACGGACGCGCUGAGGGCGUUGGGGCCAUCUAUCUCAAGCGCUUGAGCGAUGCUAUCAGGGAUGGCGACCCAAUUCGUGGCGUCAUCCGUUCCAGUGCAACGAACAACAAUGGCAAAGCUCCAGCUGUUGGCAUCACUUAUCCAGGAUUUGACGGGCAAAGAAAUGUCAUGAGGCAGGCAUAUAGGCGCGGUGGUCUGGAACCCAUGCUGACAGGAUAUUUCGAGUGCCACGGAACGGGCACGGCAAUAGGAGAUCCGCUCGAGGUUCACGCCGUGUCGGAUGUUAUGAACGGGGCUCGGACUGAGGCUGACGGGCCUCUGCAUAUCGGCGCUGUCAAGACCAAUAUCGGACAUAGCGAGGCGGCCAGCGGGCUAUCUGCCGUUAUCAAAGCUAUACUUAUUGUCGAAAGAGGCAUCAUACCGCCCACGCGAGGCGUUACCGAACUAAAUCCAAAAAUUGAUUGGCAAGGUUGGCAAGUCGAUGUGCCCACGAAUCCUACACCAUUUCCAAGCGGACUACCUGUAACCAGAGUCAGCGUCAACUCCUUUGGAUACGGCGGCACAAAUGCGCAUACUAUUAUCGAGAGCCCCAGGUCCUUGCUAGCAUCACCACAAGCCUACAAGUAUUCAAUGCCUGGGAACACAAGCAAGGGAAAGUUGGCGCGAGGAACAGUGAAUCGCAACAGACCAUAUCUAUUACUCUUUUCUGCUCACGAGAUCGGAGCACUGAAGAGAAACCUCGCGGCGCUUGGAAAGGUGGCCGUGGACUACAGCUUGCUCGACCUGUCUUACACCCUCGCCAACCACCGUACACGCUUCCCGAGCAAAGGCAUGUUAGUCACGACGCCGGCUACUCUUCAUGGAACCUUCAUCAACGGCACCCCCGAACUUGCUCUUGCAGACAGGAAGGAGACUGCCCACGUUCUCGGCUUCGUUUUCACCGGCCAGGGCGCGCAGUGGGCUCGCAUGGGGGCGCAGCUAAUGACUUACUAUCCGACCUUUCUCAUGUCGAUCCGACGGAUGGACAUGGUAUUGGAAGACCUUGAUGACGCUCCCUCUUGGACAUUGGAAGAGGCGCUUCUCGAGGAUCCAGCCGUCUCUAGAGUUAACCAAGCCGAGUUCUCCCAGCCGUUGUGCACCGCCAUCCAAGUUGCCCUCGUCCAGCUCCUUCGUCUUUGGGGAAUCAAGCCUUCAGUGACCCUUGGACACUCGUCUGGCGAGAUUGGGGCUGCGUUUGCUGCCGGUCACCUAUCCGAGUCUGAAGCUAUUCUGAUAGCGUACUACCGUGGGCAAGUAGUCAAAGACAUCGACACUGCUGGCGCAAUGAUGGCCGUGGGCCUCGGCGCAGAAGCUGUGGCUCCCUAUAUCGAGGCUCAUCAGACAGAAGUCGUGAUUGCUUGUCAUAACUCUCCAUCUGGCGUCACUUUGAGCGGCAACGUCGACGCCUUGAAGACAAUCGAAGCAAAUUUGCAGACAGAGGGUAUCUUUGCUCGCCUUGUUAAGACAAACGGCAAAGCUUAUCAUUCACGACACAUGCUCCCAGCCACCGAAAAAUACGAGUCCCUUAUCCGCAAAGCUAGACAGGCCAGCCUCACGAAACUAAUGUCAGACAAAGCGAAGAUGGUAUCGUCAGUGACCAACUCUGUUCUGUGUGAGGACGCAGUACUUGACGAGAAGUACUGGAGCGCCAACCUCGUUAGUCCAGUCCUCUUUAAUCAAGCAGUGCAAACGGCCCUCACGAGCAAGGAUCUUCCCGCGAUCGACAUCUUGAUCGAGAUCGGACCUCACUCGGCACUUUCAGGACCCAUUCGACAAAUUAAGACUGAAAUGAAGGCUGAAAAGCUUCAGUACUUGCCGACUCUCACCCGUGGUUCUCGCUGCGCCGAACAAGUCCUCAAACUGGCUGGGGAACUGUUCCUGCGCAACUAUCCCCUUGGUCUCGCGACAGUCACGGCAAUCGAGGAGGUGUACCCAUCUGGUAAGAUCAUUCCUCGCAAGGGCAACCUCAUCGUGGACUUGCCGCCUUACCAGUGGGACAAGACAAAGAAGUUCUGGGCCGAGUCGCGCGAGAGUAGAGAGCACCGGUUUCCAUGCUUCCCGCGACAUGACAUUCUAGGUCAAUUAACGAUUGGCGGAUCCUUGGCCGAGCCAACAUGGCGCAAUAUCUUGCGCAUCAAGGAUCUCCCAUGGCUUCAGGACCACUCGCUAGGAGGAGAGGCAGUCUUCCCUGCUGCCGGAUAUCUUUCUAUGGCCAUGGAAGCGGUGUCUCAGAUCAACGAGACUUCUGACAGUCCGGUCAUCAUUGACUCGUAUGUGUUUAGGGGUGUCGCCAUUCAACAGGCCUUGGUUACACCUGAUGACGACAGUGGUAUCGAGGUCCUGCUAAACAUGCGCUCCUCGAACCUUGGCAACGGCGAAGCUAGCAAAAGGUGGUGGGACUUCAACGUCUCAUCCGUGUCAACAGAAGGCCAUCGCAAGAAUCACAUGGCGGGAAGCAUCAGCUUCAACACAGAGCGGCACAGGCCCGCCGCGAAGCAAGUUCCAAACCUCCCGCAACGCGCAUCUGGGAAGCUCUGGAACCAGGCCCUGAAGCAAGUUGGUUUCAACUACGGGCCGACAUUCCAAGACAUGGAUAACAUCACCUUUGAUGGAUCCACGUACUGUGCACAUGCCACGACAAACAUCAAGACUGCCGUCAUGAAGAAUGAGUCCCGCCAUGUGCUUCACCCGGCGGUCCUCGACUCGUGUCUUCAGCUUAUGAUCGUCGCCAUCUGGGCUGGCCGCGCCGGCGCGAUGCAGUUCGGUGCAGUGCCUGUCCGCGCCGAAGAAAUUCUCAUCUGGAAGCCUACCGCGGAGCAGUCUAAUGACGGUGAAGGUGCGGCUGCCACGGCUUUCUCUUGGAUCGACCCGCGUGGCCAAAGAAUCUUCAAUGCUCACAAUCAACUGGUAGCGGCUGAUGGUCAGAUUUUGAUGGAGAUUCGGAGCAUGCGCUGUACUGCGUACGAAGCCGCUAUUCCGCAACGACUGGAGACCUUGAUACAGCCUCAGCCGUACUCACAGAUCGUCUCCAAGCUGGAUGUUUCGUGGCUGAAUGGUCCUCAGAAGAAUCUUGAAGUUGUCGAUUAUGUUGAGCUUGCCGAGUUCAGAACACCAGGUCUAAGAGUUCUUGCUACCGACGCUACGAUAGCAGGCUAUCUGGUGGAUCGGCUUCCUGACCUGUGCUUGACAGUUCUUGCCACCAGCACUAGCGAAGCUGAGAUCGAAUCAGAAUGGAGGAAGUUCAGGAGUGUUACUCUUCAGAAACUCGACUGGGCAGCAGGCACAACGGCUGAAGCUUUUGACAAGAUCCAGGACAAGUUUGACCUGAUCAUCGCCCCGAAUACUUCUUCCAAAACAUUGCACCUUGUUUCCAAGCUCAUGGCCGACAAUGGGAGCGCCAUCCUUGGAAAUGAAAAUUGCCCAACGGAUGAAGAUCUGAAAGAAGUCGACAUCGUAAGGUCAGACUUAUCUUUGAAGAACGGUGCAGUUGUUACGUCCAAGGUUAGGGAGGUUCGAAAGCUCACAUCAACGCCCGUUCAACUCGUGUACUAUAUGGCUUUGACAGAGCAUGUCAAUCGACUACAGAGAAAAUUGGAGGAGUUUGGCUGCAAAGUUGAGACUUGCAAGCUGGGAGACACUUCCUCUUCCGCUGCCAAUGUCAUCAUGCUGGCGGAUCUGGAGAAACCAUUGGUUGCUAACAUGUCGGAGCUUGAAUUCCAAUAUCUUCAGAGAACACUCAGCGAUGUCACCAACAUCCUGUGGAUUUCCGAGGGUGGCAUAUCAGGUGCUGGUGUGGUUCCAGAGUACGCGAUGACGAGGGGACUCUUGAGAUCGCUUCGAUCUGAGAGGGCUUCCCUGAGAGCAAGCGUUGUUGACUUUACCCCUCGCGACGUCGAAUCCGAGAAUUUCGUCUCCACAAUCGCUUCAUUGGCCGUUACGAUCUUUGGAAACGAAAGAACGCUCGAGACCGAGUACCUCGUCCACAAAGGUCAGCUUGCCAUCAGCCGCCUGGUCACAUCAGACAAGAUGAAUCAGACACACAGGCACUCCAGUGGGGAGACACAACCACAACAGUUCACUCCCGAAGCCAGACUAGUAGGGAAAAUGGAGUCUGGAAAAGUCGUUUUUGACUUGGAUGAUCUUGACUCAGGGGAACCAUCUCCAAACGAGAUCGAGUUUCGUCCACUGGUGACAGGUCUGAAUGGCGAAGGUUACACCGUGAUAUCAGGCGCCUCCUUUGAGACUGAAUUCAGCUAUGAAACCUCGGGCGUAGUCACACAGACUGGAUCGGCUGUUACAAAGGUAUCUGUGGGUGACCACAUCGUGGCAUUCAGCUCAGAGAAGUUCUCCAACUACCAGCGCGUCAAUGAGAACCAAGUACAGAAGCUCGAUGUCUCAGAAUCCUUCACGACCAUGGCAAGCCUACCUAUGUAUUACGGUGCCGCUUUGUAUGGUUUACAAAAUUUGGCAAGGCUUCAGAAAGGAGAGUCAGUUCUAAUUCUUCCCGAUUCUGGACAACUCGGAGCAGCCGCCAUCAAUGUUACACAAGCUCUCGGGGGUAUUCCGUUUGUUGCUGUGCGCGGGUCAGCCGAAGCGGAAGACGUGGCAAGGAUCUUUAACUUGAAAAGCGAGCACAUCCUCCUCGAAUACUCUCCUGAAAUGCUGGUCAAUCACGAGUUUGACGUGAUCUUCUCGGGCAGCUCGACUGAACCAACAGUAUCUCGAGAGGCCUGGAGGAACCUGCCUGCUUUCUCACGAUUCGUGAGCUGCGGCACCGACAUCACUUCCUCGUUUUUGGAUGCCGUACCAUCAUCACGAGGGGCAAGUUUUCUCUCCGUGAACUCGGUUGGACUCUUCAAGAGGCCUUGCAUACUUGGCCAGCUUCUCGAGCAGAUUAUCACACUGAACCGCCAAGCGCGUAACUUUGUAUUCCUUUCGAGGUCCGGCACCGACUCUGAGCAAGCCACCAUCUUGGUCAAGGAUCUGAAGGCUCGAGGCGCCAAAGUGCAGGUACUUAGGGGCGAUGCUGCUGUGAAGGAAGACGUGGAGAAAGCUGUCGCCUCGAUUCCGGAUGAUCGACCUAUUCGUGGUGUUGUGAACGCCGCAAUGGUCUUGAGAGAUGGUCUGUUCCAGAAUAUGCCAUAUGAAAAUUGGAUCACCUCAAUUCGACCAAAGGUUUUAGGGAGUAAGAACCUCCAUGAUGUCACUGCUGAACUGCCUCUCGACUUUUUCCUCAUGACUAGCUCUGUCUCUGGCAUUCUAGGAACGCCGACACAAUCCAACUACGCCGCGGCGAACUCCUACAUGGACGCGCUAGCCCGUUUACGACGCGCUCAAGGUAAACCCGCAUGCGCCGUGAUUCUCCCCAUGGUUCUUGGCGUAGGUGUCGUAGCGCAGAACCUCGAGCUGGAAGAUUCCCUCAAGCGCAAGGGAAUGUACGGCAUCGACGAGGAAGCACUACUAGAAGCCUUCGAAGUCGCCAUUCUAGAGCAACAACAACAGCAUAAUACGGAAUUUGAUCACCUCAUCGUUGGCCUCGAUCCGGCAGAGCUAUAUAAGACAAGUCGCGAGGUCGCUGGCGAUGUGGACGCCUUUUGGGCCGCCGACCCGCGCUUCUCUGGGCUCGUACAUGCCAUGCAGGUCAGCGGUGGCGGCAGCCAGGGAGCCAGUGGCGGAGAUGACGGCUCGGUCUUGACGCGGAUCAAGGCAGUUGGUCAGGAUUCGCCAGCCAAGGCCUCCCGGCUGGUGCGCGAUCAUUUUGUUGCCAAGUUGACGCGCGUUCUACUGGUCGAUGAGGCUGACUUUGGAGAGGAGGAGAGUGGGCGGUCUAUUGCGAGCUAUGGAAUUGACAGCAUGAUUGGGGCUGAGCUUCGGAAUUGGAUUUUCAAAGAGCUAUCGCUUGACAUUGCUUUUCAGCAGCUCUUAAGCCCUUCGCUUACAAUUUCAAAGUUUGCGGAGCUGGUGUGUGUCACUCAAGGAAUACUCGUGGAGUAG